AUGGCCUUUGUUUAUUAGGCUGAAAGAGAUCUUAAUCAAUCGACUACUUAGGUUCCAGCUAAUGUACUUAUGAAUCAUAAGGGAAUAGGUUGGUCCAGGAACAUAUACAAUGUUGAAAACUCAAUCUGUUAGAUAAUCAGUUGCACCAUUCAAUACACAGACACUUCGUAGUAAACCUAUUAAAUAGAACUCUCUUCCAGGACCAGGUAGUUAUAAUGUCAAUUUUGUGAAUGCAGGGUAUGUAUUAUAUAGUAAAUUAUAGAUAGAAGGUUGUUCUACAAUCAACUUAAUCAGAAGUUCAAAUAUUAGAGAUGCCUAAGCAACAUUCGGUGUUUGCAUCAAAAUGCCGAAGGUUUCAAGAGGGCUCUAAGAAUGAGAAUCCAGGGUAAACAUAAAUAAAUUGUAAUUCAGUCCUGGGUCAUAUGAACCUGAAGUCAUUCAACAAUAACGGUACUAAGUUGCCUCUCAAGAGAAUUUAGUAGAAUAGUUAAUGAAGUUAAAUAAAUACAAAUCAAUUCCUUCUAUUCCAAGUAAUUCUCAAAUUCAUGGUUACACUGAUAAUGGAAGUAAUGAUCUAGAUUAAAACAAAAAGCUUUGGAGUUGAAUAAAAGUCCAUAAGAAAUACUAUCAGGAUUAAAAAAUGAUUCAGUUGGUCCAGGACAAUAUGACUUAAAGGAUUUAUUUGAAUAAAAUAAAAAUAAAGGAUUUAAUUGGCAUAAAUCUAAAUAACCAAAAUUAGCACCUGUAGUUUCAAAAGAAAAAUAACAAUUAGUUGGUCCAGGCAAUUAUGAAAUUCCUGAAGAUAAUUAACCUCUUUAUAAAUUAAUGCCUUCAGGUUCUUUUUAAUCAAAAACAUAAAGAUUGUUUGAUAUGGAAAGAGGAUAGAAAGCUAGAAGUUUUAUGAGAUAUUAAUUUGAAAAAAAGAGAAAUUAAUUGCUAUCAAAUCCGUAAUUUGCUGAUCUUUAAGAUGAAGAAAUUGAAUACAUAGAAGUAUAUAAAUUAUUAAACUAAUAAAGGAUGCCACUCCAGGUCCUGGAUAUUAUUAUAAAGAUUCAACAACUGCAUCAACUUAUUCAAAAUCAGCUACCAAAAUAGAAACAUAAUGUUUCGGUUCAAAAUCAAAAAGAUUUGGAGAUGAAUAAGUUUCAACCUCAAUUGGACCAGGAGAUUAUAGAGUAGAUGUUCAAUUAGCUAAUAAGAGUCUAUCUUAUAAAUAUCCUCCAUUUAUGUCAUCAAAUAGUCGUUUUGAAACUAAAUUACAAGAAAAAAGACCAGGACCUUAGACUUAUAAUCCAAAAUAAACAGUAAAUACAAAUAAUUAUAAUUUUUUAGUUAGAAUAUAAUUUGAUUAAGAAAUUAGAAAGAGCUCCAGUAGGAAAAUUUGGAUAUAAUUAACCUAGAUUUGAUGAUAAUUAAUUUUAAGUGCCUUAACCAGGACCUGGAUAAUAUGAUUUUAAUAGCAAAAGUCCAGAAAAAGGAGCCUAAUCAGUCUUUAAAUCUUCAACCAAAAGGGCAGGUCCUGGAUCAUAAAGUAAAUCUGAAAUACCUGCUCCUGGUUAAUAUGAUCCCAAAAAUUAUACAAUAGAAUAUAAGACUAAAAUAGAGGAAGAAGAGGAUCCUGCUUUAAAAAUAUAAAAACCACCCUUUAUGUCAUCAAUGCCAAGAUUUUAAAAUAAAGAAGAAAAGAAAAUUGAGGAACUUGAAGAAGAAGAAGAAAGCUUAAAAAAAAGUCCUUAAAGAGAACCAUAUAAAAUGCCUUUUUAAGUUAAGAAACAUGCACCACCAUUCAAUAUACAAGUUUUAUAAUUAUUUAUGAUAUUUACAAUAGGAAAAGCGAUUUUAGUAUGAGAAUUCUAAAAAUUAAUCUCCAGGCCCAGGGGAAUACCAUGAUCCAAAAAGAAAUCCUUGGGAUAAGAAAACUUACAAUAUACAAUUCUCUGAAAUUUGA